UAUUGUUAUGAGAAAGAUCUUUAAGAAGAGAGAAAAGGACAGCAGACGAGUGUGGGGAUUUAAAAGGAGGAGCUCUGGUGUUCUCAAGCAGCCAACAGUCGAGAACUUUCUUCUUACAGGCCAGCAGCAUUUGCAGCUUUGAUAUAUAAGAUGUAGGCCUAACACUUGAUGGUUUCUCUGUCACUUGGAAACGAACCUGCAGACUGAGAAAGAAGAUGGUUCAGAAAAAGGGUCUCAAAUGCAAAGAGUUGGUCAUUGACAUCCCAUUUGUUCUUGAGCCUCCCGCGUGGCCCGAGUGCUGCAUCUACAGGGUUCCAAAGAAACUUCGAAAAGUAAACAACAAAGCCUAUACUCCUAAGUUAAUCUCAAUCGGCCCUCUUCAUAAUUACGGCAUGGAAGAAUUCAGGGACAUGGAAAUGCAGAAACUGAGAUAUUUGAGGGAGUUCUGUUUUAGGACUGGGAAGAGCCAGGUGGAUCUUGCAACAAUCAUUGAAGAGGCAGAAGUAAAAAUCCGCCAUUGUUAUGCGGAGACCUCAGAACUCAGCAGUAAAGAGUUUGUAAACAUGAUUCUAUUGGAUGGCAUCUUUAUAAUUGAGCUCUUCUGGAGGACUUUUGAAAAGAAAGAAAAGGAAGAAAUGGAAAAGAAAGAACAUGAAAAGAAAGAACCUGAAGAGAAAGAAAUGGAAAAGAAAGAACCUGAAGAGAAAGAAAUGGAAAAGAAAGAACACAAAGAGACUGAAAUGGAGAAAAAGGAAUAUGAAGAUUAUAUAUUAAGCAAACCGUGGCUGAGGGAUGGUAUAGAGCAUGACUUGCUUCUACUUGAGAAUCAGCUUCCGUUUUUUGUUCUUGAGGAUUUAUACAAGUCCGGGGCUGAAGGCCAGAAAAUGAUCGAGAAACAGAAAGAAGACCCCCCGACAAAAGAGCUCAAGGAUAUUCCCUUUCUCGAGCUUUGCCGCAACUACUUUUCUAAAUAUGAUCAGCACCCAAAUUCCGAUAUUUUUAAGGGGAAAGAAAUUAAACAUUUGACAGAUUUGCUGAGAUGUUUUUUCUAUCCGUCAGACCUGAAGGAUAAAAGAAAGAAGGCGAUUGAUCACCUGUAUAGUGCCACAAAGCUUGACGAGGCCGGAGUGAAAUUCAAAAAAGUUGAAGAAAGACACCUGCUUGACAUCAAAUUCGAAAAGGGUCCGUUCUUGGACUACUGUCCUUACCUGAAUUGUUCAUGGCUCUUGAAUUGCCUACCAUGCUUUAUCUGCUUGGAGCGCAUGCAAUUUUUCUUGGAACUCCCUGCCUUUGAAGUAGGGCACGAAACCGACUGUGUUUUCCGAAACAUCAUGGCCUUGGAGCAGUGUCAUUAUCCAACGGAAGCUUACAUCUGCAAUUACAUUCUGCUGUUGGAUUCUCUUAUCAACACUGAAAAAGAUGUGGAUCUGUUGGUUGAGAAAAAGGUUAUUGUUAACCAACUUGGCAGCCAUGAAGCAGUGGCGAGACUGGUUAACAAGCUUGGUCACCAAAUUCUAGCAGAAGAUUCCUGCUACUAUGAACUCAGCGAAAAACUUAAUGGGCACUACGGAGUCUUCUGGAAUCGAAACAUGGCAACCUUGACAACAACAUAUUUCCGCGACAUUUGGAGGGGCACUGCAACGGUUGUUGGGAUUAUCUUCCUGCUUUUAACUUUCUGGAAUAUCUUCCUCAGGCAUUUCGUGAAAAUGCCUCACUCAUGGUCCUAAUUGAAGCUUUUUGCUUUUGCUUUGAUUUGUCUUCCUCAGGCAUCUAUGGAGAGUCUGUAUUUGCAGCUAGCUAGUAAAGUAGUUUGUAUCACUGUUCACAAAUAAGAAGGGUUUAUCGUCUGUAAUUUUGACAUCAUGUAUAUAUAAUGCUAAUAAGGUGUUUAGAAAUUAAUAAUAGCGUAAGAUUUUCAUCUUUCUUAA